ACGUGUUGAGCUUCCUGGGCGCCUGGCAAUAGGCUCAGGACCAUGGCGGUGAAGGAAGCUCCCUGGCGGCGCCUGGCAGGGUUGUCCUUCGGGAUGUACACGGCCGAGGAGAUUCGCAUCGUUUUUUUUUCAAUUCCUGAAAAAUUUGUUCAGAAAUUAUUCCUUCUGAUUCGAGGUUCCUGUCUGAACUGCUGCCAUCUGACGUGUCCUCGCGCUGUGAUUCAUUUGCUGUUUAACCAGCUGAAGCUUCUGGAGGUAGGGCUGAUUCAAGCAGCCCAUGAUCUGGAAGCAGUACUGAGCAGGUUUUUAGAAGAUAAUCCAGACGGUGACUUUGAAGAGGCAUUACGCUUGCAUGUAGAAGAAGUGCUCCACAAUAACCAGUUUAGAGAUCAAGGUGCACCUGUAAAAACAGUAUGUGAAUGUAGAAGUAAACUUAUCUCCCAGUUUUGGAAAUCACACAUGAGUUCAAAGAAAUGUCCAAAUUGCAAAGCUGGAAGAUCACUUGUCCGAAAAGAACAUAAUAGCAAACUCACUGUGACAAACUGUAGUGUCAUAAUCCAGAAAUCGGGCAAAAAGAAAAUAGUGGAAGAAGCAGCAAUUGUAGAUGAAACCCACCUGGGAAAGCGAGGCUAUUUGACACCUAUGACUGCCAAGCAACAUGUUGAAGCUUUAUGGAAAAAUGAUGGAUUUCUCUUGUCUAAGCUUUUCUCCGGUAUGACUAUCGCUGGUGAUUCAAGUUUCAAUCCUGAUAUGUUCUUCCUCGACCAGGUUGUUGUUCCUCCCGCGAGGUACCGCCCUGUGAGUUGUGUGAGGGACCAGAUGUUUGCAAAUGGUCAGACUGUGAACUUGCAAGCUGUCAUGAAGGAUGCUCAGCUGACCCGGAAAGUUCUGGCUAUUAUUGCUCAAGAAGAGUGUCAGAUGGAAGACCUCAAGAAGGAAAUGGAACAGACCUCAGAACCUCUGGACCGCAGCUUUCUACAAACCAUCCCAGGACAGACUAUUGCAGAUAAGCUUUACACCAUCUGGAUUCGUCUGCAGAGCCGUGUAAAUAUUGUGUUUGACAGUGACAUGGAUAAGGUGAUAACAGAGAAAUACCCUGGCGUGCGUCAGUUUCUGGAGAAAAAGGAUGGGUUGUUCCGUAAGCAUAUGAUGGGAAAGCGUGUGGAUUAUGCUGCUCGGUCUGUCAUUUGCCCUGAUAUGUACAUUCGAACCAAUGAAAUAGGCAUUCCUAUGGUGUUUGCUACCAAACUGACCUAUCCUCAGCCUGUAACUCCCUGGAAUGUCCAGGAGUUGAGGCAGGCUGUUAUAAAUGGUCCCAAUCAGCAUCCUGGUGCUUCCAUGAUCAUCAAUGAAGAUGGUUCUCGCACAAUAUUGAGCGCAGCCAAUGAGACUCAAAGGGAAGCCAUAGCAAAGCAACUCCUGACUCCUUCAACUGGGACACCAAAACCAGGAAUAAAAAUUGUCUGCAGGCACAUUAAAAACGGAGAUGUCCUUCUGCUGAACCGGCAGCCCACCCUUCACAGGCCCUCCAUCCAAGCCCAUCGAGCAAGGAUCCUCCCUGGAGAGAAGGUUCUGAGGCUCCACUACGCCAAUUGCAAAGCCUACAAUGCUGAUUUUGAUGGUGAUGAAAUGAAUGCGCACUUCCCUCAGAAUGAACUGGGCCGAGCCGAAGCUUAUAUAUUGGCCUGUACCGAUGAACAGUACCUUGUCCCUAAGGAUGGGACCCCGUUGGCAGGUUUGAUCCAAGAUCACAUGGUUUCUGGUACCAGCAUGACUACAAGGGGCUGCUUCUUCACUCGUGAGCAAUAUGCAGAACUCGUGUAUCAAGGGCUGACAGACAAAAAGGGGAAAGUGAAACUCCUCCCUCCUUCCAUUUUAAAACCACGACGUUUGUGGACUGGAAAGCAGGUUGUUUCUACAUUGUUAAUAAAUGUAAUCCCAGAGGAUCACAUUCCACUGAAUUUAUCUGGAAAAGCUAAGAUUGGUGCAAAAGCCUGGAUCAAGCAGUCCUCCCACAGAAAUUACAGAACAAAUGUUGACUUUAUGUGUGAAUCUGAGGUUAUCAUUCGAAAUGGGGAGUUGCUUUGUGGGGUCUUGGAUAAAGCUCAGUACGGGAGCUCUGCCUAUGGUUUAGUCCACUGCUGCCAUGAGGUUUAUGGUGGGGAGACUGGCGGAAAGGUCCUGACAGCGCUGGCUCGGCUCUUCACUGCCUACUUGCAGUUCUACAAGGGUUUUACAAUGGGAGUAGAAGAUAUUUUGGUCAAACACCAUGCAGAUCGCAAGAGGUGCAAGAUCAUUAAAGAAAGUGGCCACUGUGGUACAAAGGCUAUUCAAGAUGCAUUUAAUUUGCCCCAUACUGCAUCGGAGGAGGAGCUCCGAAGCAAAUGGCAAGAUGCACAUCUUCACAAAGACCAAAGAGAUUUUAACAUGGUUGAUCUGAAAUUCAAAGAAGUUGUCAACCUUUGCAGCAAUGACAUUAACAAGGUGUGUAUGCCUCUUGGACUUCACCGGAGUUUUCCAGAGAAUAACUUGCAGUUGAUGGUGCAAUCAGGAGCCAAAGGCUCUACUGUGAAUACUAUGCAGAUAUCCUGCUUGCUGGGCCAGAUUGAGUUAGAAGGUCGAAGGCCUCCCUUGAUGCCAUCUGGAAAAUCGUUGCCGUGUUUCCAGCCUUAUGAUUUUUCCCCCAAAUCAGGGGGGUUUGUGGCAAGUCGAUUUCUCACUGGUAUCAAACCUCCAGAAUUCUUCUUCCAUUGUAUGGCCGGUAGAGAGGGUCUAGUGGAUACGGCUGUUAAAACCAGCAGAUCAGGAUACCUUCAAAGGUGUAUCAUAAAACAUUUGGAAGGUCUGAUCGUCCAUUAUGACCUGACUGUGCGAGACAGCGAUGGCAGCAUAGUUCAGUUUCUCUACGGAGAAGAUGGGUUAGAUAUCCCCAAGACACAGUUCUUACAACCCAAGCAGUUUCCUUUCAUUGCAGAAAACCACAAGGUGAUAGAGAAAUCCAAGCAUUUUGAUGAAAUUCUGUCAAGAAUGGACCCUGAGCAAACAAAUGGACACUUCAGAUGCAUCAAGAGAUGGCAAGCCAAGCAUCAGAUGCCAUUGCAAAGAGAAGGGGGCUUUCUGCAGUUCUGUCGGAAAAAGUCGGCUGGUAUAAGAGCACAGAUCCCUACAGGAGACCAUGUAUACGGCCGAGAUCCUGCAACUCUACAGUUGUUGAAGAUGUGGUAUGAACUCAAUGAGAAGAGUCGGGGGAAGUAUCUGAAAAAGACAACAAAAUGCCCUGAUCCUUGCCUUUCCGUCUGGCGACCAGACAUCCAUUUUGGCUCUGUAUCAGAAACAUUUGAAAAUAAAGUAGAGAAUUUUACUGGAGAGUGGGACACCCAGAAUGACCACAGCUGCGGCAGAUCUGAACUUUCUUCUCAGAGUUUGAGGACCUUGCUGCAUUUAAAGUGGCAACAAUCGCUCUGUGAUCCAGGAGAAGCCGUGGGUCUCCUUGCAGCCCAAAGUAUUGGGGAACCCUCCACACAGAUGACUCUGAACACAUUUCACUUUGCUGGAAGAGGAGAAAUGAAUGUCACACUUGGUAUCCCCAGGUUGAGGGAGGUCCUGAUGGUGGCCAGUGGUAAUAUUAAAACACCAAUGAUGAGCGUCCCUGUACUGAAUACUGUGAAAGCUCACAAGAGGGCAAAACGGCUCAAGAAACAGCUUACAAGAGUGUACUUAGGGGAGGUAUUAGAAAAGAUUGACACCAAAGAGUCUCUGCGUUUGGAGGAAAUGCAAAGCAAGCACCGUCUCUACACCAUCAGAUUUAGUUUUCUACCAUAUGAAUGCUACCAGGAAGAGAAAUAUGUGAAGUCAAGUGACAUUUUGCUCUUUAUGGAGUCACGAUUCUUUAAAACAUUGCUGGAAACAAUUAAAAAGAAAUCUUCAAAGUUGGCAUUAUACAACACUGUCAGCACUCGAAGAGCAGUUCAGAGAGACGUAGAAGGUGGUGUGGGAAAUGAUGCCUCCCAGGAAAACCAGGAUGACAAUGAAGCAGAACCUGAGGGAGAAGAAAGAGUUCCAGAUGGUGAAACAGGCGAAGAGGAUGCAGAUGCAGCAGAUGCAAAAAGAAAAGCUAACCAGGAAGAGGAGGUGGAUUAUGAGAGUGAUGAUGAUAAUGAGGCAGAGGAUGAGGACAUUCCAGAAGAAGAAGAGAACGAACUGAAUCCAGAGGCGUCUGAAAGUCAGGAUGAGCCUUCAGCUCCUUCCUCUUGUCAAAGGACUCGCCAUAAAAAAAAGAAGCCAAAUGAUUUGGCACAACAAAGAAUUAAUGCUGUUUUAGAGAGCCACGAAGCUAUAGAGAACUACACAUAUGACAUUGAUAAUGAACUGUGGUGUGAGAUCUCACUGAAGCUUCCUCUGAUAAAGGAGUACUUUGAUCUUCCUUCACUUGUGACAUCUCUGGCCAAUAACACUGUUAUCCAUGAGACAAAGGGGAUUACUCGGUGUCUCCUCAAUGAAACCAGCAAUAGAAAUGGAGAGGUGGUGCUCACUUUACAGACUGAAGGAAUAAAUCUCCCAGAGCUUUUCCGCUACGCUGAUAUUAUAGACGUGAACAAGCUUUAUAGUAAUGACAUUCAUGCAAUGGCCAGCACCUAUGGCAUUGAAGCUGCCUUGAAAGUCCUUGAGAAAGAGAUUAAAGAUGUCUUUGCUGCUUAUGGAAUUGUUGUAGAUCCUCGACAUCUCUCUCUGGUGUCUGACUACAUGUGUUUCGAAGGUAUUUACAAACCACUGAAUCGGCAUGGAAUACAGUCCAGUUCAUCCCCCUUGCAACAAAUGACAUUUGAGACAAGCUACAAGUUUCUAAAGGAAGCAACCAUGCUGGGCUCACAUGAUGAACUUCAAUCUCCUUCCGCCUGCCUGGUUGUCGGGAAAGUUGUCAAGGGAGGAACUGGCUUGUUUGAACUCAAACAACCCCUUAAAUAAUUUGUUCCUGAGACUUUUAAAGUUGGUUUAUUUUGAGAAAUAAACAUGCUGCUUUUUGAUUUUUGUUUUCUAAUCUUUGAAUGUAAAUACUUCUUGAAUAUAUUAAUCACCCGUGCCUUGGGAUCUUCAGGGAAUUAUUUAAAUAAUAAAUAUCUUGUGUUA